AUGGGGAUGGUCAAGGCUGUGGAGACCCAGCCAGCACCAGGGCCUGUUCCUCCACCGGAGGUGAGGGGCAUUGGAGAGAGGAGGGAUCUGGACCCUGUGCUGAAGCAGCCUCGGGAGCCCACGGUGGCCACAGGGGCCCAGAACCUUCCGCAGGGCUUCAUGAAGUGCUUGCUGGAGGUGGAGGAGGAGGAGGCCACGCAUCGGAGGGCUGCCAAGGCCCGGGCCCUGCCAAACCGGAAGUCCCCCAGGACCCUGACCCCUGUGCCCACCUCAGCCCCAAGCCUGCCUCAGAACCCUGCCUCGGCCCCUGCGAUGCCCCCUUCCUGGGCCCUGUUGCCAGCCCCCGGGCCAGUCCCCGCGCCCACCCCCGUGGGAUCCCCGGUCCCAGCCUCGGGGCCGGGCACAGCCCUGCCGGCCCCCACCCUGGACGUGGGCUGGAGAAGGGCUGAACUCCUGCACCUGAGCGGAGAGAGGAGCCUGAGCAGCCCCAAGACACGGCAGGAGCUAGAGGAGCGCCGCCUCCUUAAGCUGGACCAGAACUGGGAUGAGAGGUUCGAGGAGCACCUCACCCUGAGGCAAGAGGAAGCCUUCCGCAGUUACUUUGAGAUCUUCAAUGGCCAUGGCGAGGUGAACGCCCAGAGCCUGGGGAACAUCCUGCUGCUCGUGGGCAUCUCCCUCACGCCGGCGCAGGUCGAGGACGCCCUGAUGAGUGCUGACGUCGAUGGAGAUGGUCAUGUAGGCUUCAAGGACUUCUUGGCUGUGAUGACAGACACCAGGCGCUUCUUCUGCUCCGUGGAGCAGAACGCCCUCACAGACAUGGCUCCUCCAAACCCCCACACUCUGCUCUUUGAGAUCCUGUCCCUGCUGGUGGAGAUGCUGGCCCUACCGGAGGCAGCCUUAGAGGAGAUCACCAACUAUUACCAGAAGAAGCUGAAGGAAGGCACCUGUAAGGCCCGAGAGAUGGAGUUGGCCAUAGGCCGGCUGCGGUCCCGGAAGAAGCUUCCCUACAACCCCCAGCAGUCAGACUUGGAAGUCCCAGAACGAAGGGUCCUCAGGAUCCUGAGCCGGCUGAAGCAGCAGAACUAUGAUGCCAACCUGCAGAGCCCCUACGCCCAGGUGCCCUGUGUCCCGUUCUGCCCUCGGCUGGACAAGAAGAUGACCCGUCAGAAGCAGGGUAGCCACUGCGUGCUGGACCCAUGCACCCCCACCAGCCUGGGCCCUGACAUCCGGAGCCUACUCUUCCAGUCAGGAUCUCAAGGAAGCAGGGAACACGGCUCUGAGAGCAGAAAGUGGCUCAGCUCUGUGCCGGCUCGAACCCACUGACCUCUGGAGUCCCGAC